AUGUUUAACCCACACAUAUUAGAGUCUCCAGCUGUUAUUUUCGACAAUGGAUCUGGGCUCUGCAAAGCAGGGCUGUCAGGGGAGAUCGGACCCCGCCACGUCAUCAGCUCCAUCGUGGGGCACCCCAAAUUCAAGACGCCCCAUCCGGGAGCCAAUCAGAAGAAGUACUUUGUGGGGGAGGAGGCCCUGUACAAGCACGAGACCCUGCAUCUGCGCUCUCCCAUCGAGCGGGGCCUGAUCACGGGCUGGGACGACAUGGAGAAGCUCUGGAGGCACCUCUUCGAGUGGGAGCUGGGCGUGAAGCCCAGUGACCAGCCCGUGCUCAUGACGGAGCCCUCCCUGAACCCCAGGGAGAACCGGGAGAAGAUGGCCGAGGUGAUGUUCGAGAGCUUCAGCGUGCCCGCCUUCUACCUGUCUGACCAGGCGGUGUUGGCGCUCUACGCCUCGGCCUGUGUCACGGGCCUCGUGGUGGACAGYGGGGAUGGGGUCACCUGCACCGUGCCCAUCUUUGAGGGCUACUCCCUGCCCCACGCGGUCACCAAGCUCUACGUAGCAGGCAGGGACGUCACGGAGCUCCUCACCCGGCUCCUCCUGGCCAGCGGGCGGACCUUCCCGUGCCUGCUGGACAAGGCCCUGGUGGAUGACAUCAAGGAGAAGCUGUGCUACGUGGCCCUGGAGCCUGAGAAGGAGCUCUGCCGGCGGCCAGAGGAGGUCCUGAGAGAGUACAAGCUGCCAGACGGGAAUGUCAUCUACAUCGGGGACCAGCUGUACCAGGCCCCYGAGGCCUUGUUCUCCCCCGAGCAGCUGGGCACCCAAAACCCGGGGCUGGCGAAGAUGGCCUCCAGCAGCAUCACCAAGUGUGACGGGGACAUCCAGAAGACACUGUUUGGGGAGAUCGUGCUGUCGGGAGGCACCACGCUCUUCCAGGGGCUGGACGACCGGCUGCUGCGGGAGCUGGAGCAGCUGGCCUCCAAAGGCACCCCCAUCAAGAUCACGGCGCCCCCCGACCGCUGGUUCUCCACCUGGAUCGGGGCCUCCAUCGUCACUUCCCUGAGCAGCUUCAAGCAGAUGUGGGUCACCUCYGCGGACUUCAAGGAGUUUGGCACAUCCGUGGUCCAGAGAAGAUGCUUCUGA